AGCACAAAGUGAGAGAAAGAAAGAAACCAAAAGAAAGAAAAAAAAGAGAAAGAGAGAGAGAAUGCAGAGAUUAGCUCCAUUGAUGGAAGAACCAAUGGAUGAAGAAGAUCAAGAAGAAGAAAGAGGAGGAGGAAGAAGAUCGAAGAGAUCCAAAUCAUGGAAGAAAUGGAUAAAGACACAAUUGCAGUUCAUCGUCUUCCCCAAAAAACCAGACAUGAAGCUUCUUCUCAGUGUUAUGGGAUGUCCUCUCUUCCCUGUCCCUCCUCUCUCCAAAAUCUCUCUCCAACAGGUAUCGUCAUCAGCACAAUACAUAAUACAACAGUUUGCCGCAGCAACCGGAUGCAAGAAACUCGCAGGCGAAAUCAAAAACACUUUUGUUACCGGAAAAAUUACAAUGACUAUGGUGAAUGAUCUUAAUGGCUCAACUGCGGUUAGUAGUGCCUCGUCUGUGUCUCAUAAAGGAUGCUUCGUCAUGUGGCAAAUGCUACCUGAAAAAUGGCUCAUCGAGUUAGUUGGUGGUGGCCAUAAGGUUUCAGCCGGAAGUGAUGGAGAAAUUACUUGGCGUUAUACACCAUGGCUCGGUGAUCACGCAGCUAAAGGUGCCAUACGGCCUUUGCGACGUGCUUUACAAGGGUUGGAUCCUCUAACAAUAUCAUCAGUUUUUUCAUCGGCACAAUUCGUUGGAGAGAAAGAAAUCAAUGGAAAGGAUUGUUUCAUUCUCAAGUUAUCAACCGACCAAAUUGAUUUAUCACGUCGCAGUGACUCUACGGCUGAGAUGAUCAAACACGUCGCAUUUGGUUACUUCAGCCAGAAAAGUGGCCUCUUAAUUUGCCUUGAAGACUCUUCCUUAACCAGGAUUCAGAUACCAGGAACUGUGCCAACAUAUUGGGAGACCUCAAUGUCGUCGUGUAUGGAAGAUUACCGAGCAAUCGAAGGUAGUGAAGUGGUAAUAGCACACUCAGGUAAAACAGAUGUGUUAAUCUCAAGAUUUGGAGAGACUCUCAAGGGAGGAAUCUCUGUAACUCGAAUGGAAGAGAAAUGGACCAUAGACGAUGUUGCAUUCGACGUGCCUGGCCUAUCCGUUGAUUGUUUUAUUCCACCUAAAGAGAUGAAGAUGGAUUUUCACCACCAAGAUGCUCAAAAACAUUUACCAAACUACAAUAGAUGAUGAGGCAAAACUGUAAAAUUA